CAUAAAUGUAUCGUCACCGUGUGGCAUCGAAAAAAUCGUGUGUUGUGCGCGCGAUCGUUCUUUGUUUCGGUGUUCCAUCUGUGUGUUGCACUGCGCUUGCUUCAUACUGUGAAAUGUAAUUGAUCAACGUACGUUUGGCCAUGCACAACCAAAUAAUAAAAAAUAACACACACAUUCAAUUCAUUUCCUCGCAUCGAAUUAAAUAUUUCACUGCAUGAAUGAAAUCAAAUCAAAAACUAAUUAUUUGACCAUAUGUUCCUUUCGUCAAUGAAAAAUUUGUUUUUUUUGUUUGGUCUCAACAAAAAUCUAUUGUUACUGGUUGGUGUGUGUGAUUAGACGAUUUCCCAUCAUGUUCUUGCUAUGCAGAGAGCAAAGUGUGGUACUACAGUGCGAAACGAUGUAUUAACAUAAUAUUAAAGCAACAAGCAAAUAUCUCUUUAAAUAAAGACAUUAUUAUUGGAUAGUUGUGAUUUUGCAAUCGGUAUCAUCCCAUUUUUCACAGCCAAAUCACUAAUUGUCUCUGCCGAUAAUAGUUUCAUGAAAUAUAUACGAAGUACACAAACAAUUGAACUAUUGAAGAAAAUAAGAAGAAGAAGAAAACAUAAUCUUGUUAGCCAAAGUGAAUAUUAAUCAAAUACUGACACAACUUCAAGCAAUCAAUUGGUGUUUUGCAAGCGAAAAAGAAGAGAGAAAAAAAAACGCCAACAACAGCAGCACAACACGAGUAGAAACCGAAACACGUCCAAUAAGUAAUAGAGUGAGAAAACAGCACACAUCCAUCAAAUUCACACAUCAUAAUGAAUGCACUUCUAUGGAGUAUUUCAUUUAUGUUUUUAUCGUGUGAAACUUUGGCGACAUCAUCGCGAUUUUCGCAUCAAAAAUGUGGCCUUUACGGACAGCCACCGUGUAACUUUGUUCCGUCAACGUUUGGAAUAACACCAGUAUGUGCAACACCAGGCAAAACUUAUUGUGAAUAUGUGCCAAACUAUCCAUCACAGGCGAUACGAUUGCUUUUGGAUAAAUGGGGUGUUGAUAAUGUCGAUAAUCUUAUCGUUGAUGAAACCAUUGACGAUUUUGAAGCAACCCGAUUUAAUGAUAUACCGCCAUUUGAUCAAAAGCCGCCCGAACCAAAUCAACCGCCAACAUUUACCGAACGACCAAAUGCUGUGUCAACCGAUGGUUUUCAUCAAAUCGACAGAGGCUAUGAUUAUCCAAAUCCAAAUAAAGUGCACACGGUUGCACCGCCUCCUGCUUCAACAACCGGCUACUUACCAACAAAUGGCUAUACGGUCAAUCACAAUCCGGGCGCAGAUCGAUACUGGUCCGGAUUUUCGUACUUAAUUAACCAAAGACCGACACACAACAAUAAUCAUAUACUGAGCGAACCGUAUCGGUUUCAGCCUCAGCCUCAGCACCCGACACAAAACUCUAUGUCUGGCUAUUAUCGUUCAAAUUCCCAUAUGACCGAAUACCAGCCGGCAAAAUGGUUUAAACGAUAUGCUCGCGAUGUGUCUGCGCACUCAAAAACUUCACAGUAUUUUUCAAAGAAUUCAACCGUAGAAGCAACCCGUCCAUCAUACAUAAAUACUGCACAACGAUCUUCAUCGAAUCAACUCACGUUGAGCGAAUUAAAUGAUCGAUACACCAAUCGUCGAACGAAACGUCAAAGUACCGGAAGAGAACAAUUGUGUCAAACGACCUAUCAAUAUGUUACACCGCAGGCAGCUUUAAAUAGUCAAGGACAAUGGAUGUAUGUUGUGAAUCAGGUCGACACAACUCGACAAUUGGUGCGAACGGAAACGUGCGCAUCGAGCGUUUGUUCAAACAUUUGCCAACUUCCGAAUGGCUAUUCAUCGAGAUGUGAACAAAAGUAUGUGCAGAAGCGAUUGAUUGCAUUGAAUGCCGAUGGUACGAAUCUAUAUACGGAUACUUUUUGGUUUCCAAGCUGUUGUGCGUGUACGAUAGUUGGCCCAACAUAGUAGUCACAAUGCGACCUCGUAAUGCAAAAACUUCACCGUCACCAUCAUUCAUUCUGAAUGUCCGAUGAUAAUUCAUAACGCAAUCAUAUACAAACACACACUCGCGGUCGCUGUACGCAAGCCAAUCCUAGAACGAAUAAUUAAUUUAUAAAAUCCAUUUGAUCCAAUUUCACAUUGUUAAAAAUUAAGUUAGCACUAGUUUUUUAUGAAACACACAACGGAAAGAAAAAAAAUCAAUUGAAUGAAAACGAGCGAUAUAAAAAAUAAAGCAGACGCUUUGAAUAAAUAAA